AUGUCGUCGGUCGCCCGCAUUGCUCUCGGCUCUAUUGCCUCCAAGGCUCCUUUCACCGUCCGUGCCAUGGCUGCUCGUGGCGUCGCCACCUCUGCUGUCAUGCAGAAGGACGUUGUUCAAGAAUUGUACCUCAAGGAGUUGAAGGGUUACAAGCCCGCUCCUGCUUCCCAGGCUGAUGAGUCUCAGGUCAAGGAAUUGAAGCUUCCCGCUGCUCCUCAGGCCCCUUCUGUCGAUGCUGACCUUGCUGAGCAAUUGGCCAAGUACGAUGCUGAACCCGAGGAGGCUACCCAGUAA